UGGAAAAUCGUCACGGUGCGCGCAUCAACGAAAAUUCGUUGCGGAAAAAUUCAAGAAAAAGCCCAACGGGAAAAUAUCUGUCUUGGUGUUUGGGUGCUUGGGCUCCUUAAACUGAGCUAUAGAUUUACUAAGUGCAGCGUAACGUAAUAAUUCAACUGGAAAAUGCGCGUCUGAAUCUUUGCAAGGCAAAGUGCCAAAUGCACUGUGAAAUAAUUCAAAACAAAAUGCGCGCCAUUUGAUCAAAUUUCAAAAUUUCAAGCCAAAAGUGUAUUAUUUGCUAGUGCCCGAAAAAUAAAUAAAAUAAAAGCAAAUAGAAAAACAAUUAACAAAGCCAAUUUUAAACAAUAAAUUAAACAAGUGGUAGUUGAUAAAGAGCUGCAACAAUGGAGAAGAACUUUAAAGGCAUCUUCACAAUCGGAUUAUUUCUGGCGCUUCUCAGCAGCGGACAGACGCAUUUAAAUAUAUUUCUGAAUUUGCACGAGGUGUUGAGACUAAUCGGAGUUUCCGCCGAGCUGUACUAUGUGCGGGAGGGAGCUAUCAAUGAUUACGCCCUGAAUUUUGCGGUCCCCGUGCCGGCGAACAUUAGCGAUGUAACAUUCACCUGGCAGUCGCUGGUGGAUCAUCCACUGCCCUACAGCAUAAAUGUGGCUACCUCGGAUGUGGGCGUUUUGCCACGCCCCAUGCUAAACAUAUCCCGUAUUGGGGAUGUGCCCAUGGAACCGCAGACAUGGGGAGUGAGUCUCAAGUGCUCGGGCACAAGGGCUGCCGAGGUGACUGUGACCAUUAGCGUGGAAGUUAUCCUGGAUCGGGCGACUCACAACAAUACGAAUCUCAUCUUUAAACGCAAGAAAAUCUGCUUAAAGGACGAACCGAACGAUGCACGUGAGGAAUACGAUGACGAGGAGCCCCUGCAUCCGGAUCUGAGUGGUCACGAUGAUAUCCAUUAUACGGAACACAAUGAGGAUACGGCCGAGCAUGUCAUUUCCGACGGACGUUUGCCCUCGAAUGUCGAGCACGGCAAGGUCACGGAGAGACAUAGAGUGGUGGUCACAGAACCGACGGUUACGGUGGGACGGGGUGUCGGUGGUGCUGGUAUGGGCAUAGGAUCCAAUAACGAUUACGAUCCUUUACAACGGGAAAAUCUGGUCCCACCCACAAGUGGACUUAUAACCUUGAUUGUGGGCGGUAUUUUGGCCCUUGUGCUGGUCUCCACCCUCAUUCUGAUUGCCUACUGUGCCAAGGGUCCAUCGAAGCGUCAUCCCUCGAAUGGUGUCCAUCUGAUAAAGACCUCCAGCUUCCAGCGUCUGCCCACGAUCUCCUCCACCGCCCACAAUUCGAUCUAUGUCUGCCCAUCGACCAUUACACCCACAUAUGCGACAUUGACGCGGCCCUUUCGCGAAUAUGAGCAUGAGCCUGAGGAGUUCAACCGCCGUCUCCAGGAGCUGACAGUCCAAAAGUGCCGUGUGCGUCUCUCCUGUCUCGUUCAAGAGGGCAACUUUGGGCGCAUCUAUCGCGGUACAUAUAACGAUUGUCAGGAGGUUCUGGUCAAGACUGUGGCACAGCAUGCAAGCCAGCUUCAAGUAAAUCUUCUGCUCCAGGAAUCCAUGAUGCUGUACGAGGCCACCCAUCCCAAUGUCCUUGCCGUACUCGGUAUCUCGAUUGAGGAUUUCGCUACGCCUUUUGUCCUCUAUGCUGCCACUGGAAGUGUUCGCAAUCUAAAGACCUUCCUACAGGAUCCCUCCUAUGCCAGAAGUGUGACCACCAUUCAAACAGUCUUAAUGGCCUCUCAGCUGGCCAUGGCCAUGGAACACUUGCACAACCAUGGAGUUAUUCACAAGGACAUUGCGGCCAGGAACUGUGUCAUUGACGAUCAGCUGCGCGUAAAGUUGACCGACAGCGCCCUCAGCCGCGAUCUCUUCUCCGGCGAUUACAAUUGUCUGGGCGAUGGCGAGUACCGACCCAUCAAGUGGUUGUCCCUCGAGGCCCUGCAGAAGUCCCACUACAAUGAGGGCAGUGAUGUUUGGUCCUUUGGUGUGCUCAUGUGGGAGAUGUGUACGUUGGGUAAACUGCCCUAUGCCGAGAUCGAUCCCUAUGAGAUGGAGCAUUAUCUAAAAGAUGGCUACAGACUGGCACAGCCCUUCAACUGCCCAGAUGAACUUUUCACAAUUAUGGCCUAUUGCUGGGCCUCGAUGCCCGCCGAGCGACCCUCGUUUAGUCAGCUACAGAUCUGCCUAUCGGAGUUCCAUACACAGAUAACCAGAUAUGUUUAACCUGCGGUAAUGAAGCAUACGAAGACCUGUAAAUACAACAAGAGGCGACGUCGCAAGAUUUCACAGCAAACGACAACGUCGACAAUUCUGUUUCCAAAGACAUAUUUAAAUUAUAGCGCCUAAAUUGGCGAUUAUGUGGGACGUUAUGGAUAGAGGCCCUCACCCGGUACUGCCCACAAUAAAUAGUUACUUACUUCUGUAUUUAUAAUGUGGGUACUCGAUAGGAGACUACUCUUAAUAUUUAUAUUAAAAUCGGUCAAAUUUGAUUACCAGUCUAUAAUUAGCAUCUAGGUAUACUUAGGAUAGUACGUUCAAGGAAAAUAAAAAGAAAGAAACAGAUGUGACAUUUCAAUGCAAGCAAAGUAGUAGUUAAACUUCCACAUAAAUGUUAAAAGACACACGACAGAAGGGGAACCCAGAAAAAAGAUGAAAAAGAAGAUAAGCUUAAGCAUUAACAUAACAUUAUAUAGAUACAGAUACGGAUAUAGAUACAGAUACAGAGAUACAGAUACAGAUACAGAUAGACAACCAGAUUAGGCUAGGCAAUUGUCGUAGUUUGAAGAGAUCGAUUACACAUUCUUCAAGGUCUAUGGAACAGCAUAAUAUAAUAUCGUACGACUAUAUACCGAAUAUAUAUUAUCUAUGUAAAUGUAUUUAUAUGUGUAUGUAUAUGUCUAAGAGAGCGUAGAGCUAGUAAACUCGAAUCUAAUUAACUAAUGUUUAGUGACUUGAUGUCGAAAUCCAAACGGUGCACUGUCUAAACUUUACUAACCCCAUCCCAUCCAUUCUUGAAUGAUGUGGAAAUAGAUGGGUGCAAGGAUCGUAGUCCCCAGUAUUUUGUGUUAUACUAUACUUAAUCAACCGUCUCAAGAAAGUUUUUGUAAUAUACUUAAGUAUUUCGCAUUAGUUCUAAGUAUCCCUUAUGAUUUAAAAAUGAUUUUUAUUUUUAAGCAAAACAAACGAAACAAACAAAAACAUAAAAUAUAAAGAGAAAAACGAUUUCAAUAAACGUCCGUGCAUAACAUUCAAAAACC